AUGGCUGGGCGAUCAUGGUUGGUUGAUAAAAACCGUUUCGCGACGAAAAUCAAGAGUGCAUCGGCUGGUUCUGACCCGCGCCAAGUUGUGUACAAAAGCAAUCCCACCAGGCAGUGUCCCAACUGCCAUCACGUCAUUGACAACAGCAGCGAUGAAGUUGAUGACUGGCCAGGAUUGCCUCCAGGUGUGAAAUUCGAUCCAACUGAUCCAGAGAUCAUAUGGCAUCUGCUUGCCAAAUCUGGCUUAUUGGGUUUAACUUCACACCCUUUCAUUGAUGAGUUCAUCCCAACCGUCAAUCAAGAUGAUGGAAUCUGCUACACUCAUCCCAAGAACUUACCAGGUGUUAAGCACGAUGGAACAGUGUCCCACUUCUUCCACAGAGCCAUCAAAGCUUACAGCACAGGAACUCGAAAGCGCAGAAAGAUCCACGACGAUGAUUUCGGCGAUGUGCGCUGGCACAAGACGGGAAGAACUAAACCGGUUGUCCUGGACGGUGUCCAAAGAGGCUGCAAGAAGAUAAUGGUUCUUUAUGGUGGGAAAGCAGUGAAAACGAACUGGGUGAUGCAUCAGUAUCACUUGGGAACAGACGAAGAUGAGAAGGAAGGUGACUACGUUGUUUCCAAGAUCUUCUACCAGCAGCAAGUAGCUGCAGUCAAGCAAGGUGAUAAAGCUGAACAGGAAGUCUCUGAAGAUAUCUUUGCUGCAAUGCCUACCCCGAAAGCCGAUCCUGUCACUCCAAGAUUGUUUACACCCGAGCCUCUUCUACAUCCUGAGCGACUUUGCUCUGGCUCUCACGUUAUUAAUGGCUAUGCUAGCGCUAGUGCUAGUGCUAGUGCUACUCCCCAUGACUAUGAAACUGCCCCUGAGGUUUCUUUUGUUGAGACACCUGAGGCAAUGUAUCUAGAAGAGGAGGUUCAGGGGAUUCAACAGAAUCCAGAAGAUGAGCCUGAGAACGGAAUAAAUGAAAUGGUGGAUGAUGAUGAAGACGAGGAGAAGGAUAAAGAGAAUGAAAACGAAGCCGAGGAAGAUCAUAACUGGGUGGACAGUGGGUCUGAGUUUGUAUUGAACUCGCAGCAGCUUGUGGAAGCCUUGUCUCUUUGCGAUGAUCUCUUGCAGGUAUCACAGGACAGAGAAGGAAACGUAAGCAAUGGUGGCUCAAGGAACAAGCAGCCGUGUUUUGCUGAUUACGCGCAUCUAGGAACAGAAGACUUCAAACGGGAUCUGGAGGAUUGUCAGAGACUGGUUCUUGAUCCCUCCAACAUUGACCUCGAUACUCCACCUGACUUUCGUCUGAGCCAGCUGGAAUUUGGAUCAGAGGAUAGCUUUCUUGCUUGGGGCACUGGAAAGACUGAUAACUAA